AUGGCAAGAGGACGCAUGCCAGUGCUGCGCGUUUGCGCAGCAGUGCUGGCCGUGCCGGCGUUUCAAAUCUGGGAGGUCCAAGCUCAAGAACAGCGCUGUUCGCAAGGAGUUUGCGCAUCUACAGGUGCCGCUCGCGAAGAUGCGUCGCUGCUGCAAGCGCAUCCGGUGAGCGAGCUGACGCAGGCACGCCGCGCGAAAGAAGCCGUGAAGCGGCGGCACAAACAUCAUUCGCAGAUGCACAACAAGAUUGUUGAUGGUCGCGAUUACCGUGCAGAUGCGGCUGAAUACUUCGAGACGGUAAAGCACGAUUCUCUUGAGGAUCGAUGCCCCAACAUCCGUACCAUGACGCUGGAAGAGGUUAGCCAGCGUUGGCAUGAAGAGCUGGAGCAACUGAAGGAGGAAACUCCACGGGAGAAGUUCGACAAGAAGUUCAAGGACUUCCGGCAUGCUUUUCCGGGACUUCUGCAUGACAACAAGCCAGUUUUGGUCAAGGGACAUGUGCCCAAGCAGCUUGGUUGGAGAGCUGCCACUCACUGGGGCAAGGACGAGCUGGCCGACUAUCUGGGCGACCUGCCCUGGCAGAGGCAGUCCUUCGAUUAUCCGGACUGGGUCUAUUCCACACACAAUUUGACGACAUUCCGUGAAUAUGUGGGCCACGAUGACAGUGCUAGAAACAUUUUUCUUUUCGGGAGCGAAGAUGGCUGUGACAAGCGGGGCGACAUCAAGAAGACCAUGGAUAAAAUCAGAGGUCAGUUCAUUCCAAGCCCGGACUUUGCAUGGGGACCGGAAGUUUGCGAGGCCAUCGUGGCCAUUGACUCCAUAGGAAGUUCUCACGGCUUCCACUGCCACGACCCGGUCUGGCAAGUGCAAGUCCAGGGCUACAAGAUGUGGUGGCUGCUUCCGCCACACUACAGAGGGACAGCGCCCGAAUCUGACACGACAGAUGACUCCAUAGGCUGGGGUGGUUCACCAGUACUCCCAGACGGCACUGUCUUUGCGCACCCGAACGGUUGUGCCAUGCUCAAGCAGGUGGAGCCUCCGCCAGGAACGAAGUCGUGCCUGGUGGGUCCUGGCGAAAUGAUGUUGCUGCCGGUUGGCUGGGUCCAUUCUACAUGUGGGCUGACGAAUUACACAGCGGCGGCUGGGGGCUGGCUGGGUUACUACCGAUCGUGA